CACUUGCAAAACUCAAAGGACGAAAAACUCAUUUUACUCUCUCCACACACACAGAAUUGGACACUCCGAUCUGUACUUUCAUUUGUUUCUCUUUUUCCUUCCGACGUUCCGUUCGAAGUCACUUCCAUUUUCAUCCAAAAAAGGAAAAAAUAACGCACAAAAAUAAAACGAAAAUUUACCUUCAUAGACACACAAUAAAGAGAAAAAAGUAAGAGAAAAUGUCUCUAACAAGUGUGAAAAUGACGGAGGAAGUUUGGUUAACUUGUUUAAGUCAUGCAUUGUCUACUGAAACUGAAGAAAUAAUGGGUCUUCUCCUCGGUGACACUCAGCAAUCAAAAAAUGGUAGUGUGACUGCACUUAUAUGGGCAGCGCUGCCACAGCCACGUUGUGACAGGAGGAAGGACCGCGUUGAGACCAAUCCUGAGCAACUAACUGCUGCAUCAGUCAAGGCUGAGAGAAUGACCAUGGCAACAGGAAGAACAACAAGAGUGAUUGGCUGGUACCACUCGCAUCCCCACAUCACAGUGCUCCCUUCCCAUGUUGAUGUCCGCACUCAAGCCAUGUAUCAACUUCUGGAUGCUGGGUUUAUUGGGUUGAUAUUUUCAUGUUUUAGUGAAGAUGCACAGAAGGUGGGGAGAAUACAAGUUAUUGCAUUUCAGUCCUUGGAUGGAAAGCAGCAGAAUCACAUUUUGAGGCCUAUUUCUCUUUCCCCUGUACAUAAAACUUCUGUAAUAGACCUUGAAUCCUCUUUAAGUUCCGCAGACACAUCUAUAGGUGGUUCAAAAAUCUCGAGUCUUGAACAAGAUACUGGUGAUUCGAGAGCUGCUGCUUUAGUUUCUAAGGGUGGGGCAAGAUCUACGGACUUGGGCAAUUUCUUUGCUAAUGUUGAUAAUAGGGUUGGAGAAAGCCUUCACGCCAACAGUCUUAGUAAUGCAAUCAUUGAUGUAGAUCCAAUGGACAUGUCAGAGAGUAUGCAAGAAGCAAUGCAUCGAUCAAAUCUGGAGAUGAGUGGUGCGGAAUAUGUGAGAAAGGAAAUCCCUCUUCUUGUUCUGCCAUCCUCGUCUCUUUUCAAUCUUGAUGCACCUUUGAACUCAUUCACAGAUCUGCAACGCGUAUUAUUUGAAGAAGAACGAACUGCAUAUAAUCAGGCUGUUCUAGCAAAUAUGAGGGAAGGAAAAGUGCACCCACUCACUUUCAUUCAUCACACAUCCACAUACCAGGCCUCUAUGUGCAAAUUAAUGGAGUAUUGCUUAAGUCCUGCCAUCAGUGCCCUUCAAGACCAGUUGAGAGAGAAUGAAAUUCGGCUAAAGAUGUUAAGUGAAGAAGCCAAGGUUUUGGAAUCGGAGAUCGUGAGAGGGGAACCAAAUACAAGUUCUCCUCGUCGAGGUAGUGCUUCAUCGGGUCAAAGAGACUUGUACAGUCCAACUGAGUUGAGAAGUGUUUCCGGUUCAAGUAGCCGGAGCAGAAAAGCAUCGUAGUGAAGUAGCAAGAUCGAUCUUACCUACAUGAAGUGUAUAGUAGGGGUUUAUUUUGUUAUAUCACCUUCUUGUUUUUCUAAUUCUGGUCCCUUUUUGUGCUUCUUAAUAUGAUGUUGCCAAGUUUUGGUAACUUUUUUGUGUUUGUAAAAGGCAAAUUUGUUGCAAUGGUUCUGGUUUCAGUGCCAGAUUUCAAUGAGAUGGUGUACUGGAAUUCAGUAAAUUAUGAGAUGCAACAAGCCAUCUAGUAGACCCACCUCAGAGGUCUAUGUAUUUUUUAUA